CAACCACACGGCCGUUCAGAGAAGGUAACCAACCAGGGCUUCAUUGCAGAUGGACGGAGACAGUUCAACCACCGACACCUCUCAGUUGGGUAUAAGUGGAGAGUACAUGGCUAGUGGCCAAUACGUACUUCAGAGUCAGGACGACGAUGGUGAGGGAAGUAUAAAUGACCAUGAAGAUGGAAAUGGCAGUAAGGACAAUCUGCGUGAACAGGAUAUUUAUCUUCCUAUUGCCAAUGUAGCUCGCAUCAUGAAGUAUGCUGUUCCACAGACUGGAAAGAUAGCAAAAGAUGCUAAGGAGUGUGUGCAGGAGUGUGUGAGUGAGUUCAUCAGCUUUAUCACCUCAGAGGCAAGUGAACGAUGUCACCAGGAGAAACGCAAGACCAUUAACGGGGAAGACAUCCUGUUUGCCAUGUCCACACUUGGCUUUGACAUGUAUGUGGAACCACUCAAACUCUACCUUCAAAAGUUCAGAGAGGCGAUGAAGGGCGAGAAAGGGAUCACGUCAGUGGCUGUCGCUGAAGGGCUGGGAGAGGAACUUACAGAUGAAAACUUCACAAAUCAGCUCUCUACAGGACUGAUCACAACUGAUGGACAACAGCAGAACGUUAUGGUGUACACCACAUCUUACCAGCAGAUCCCUGGUGUCCAGCAGCUACAGUUCUCAUGAAGUGGUUGAGUUUGUGAUCACAGAGCUACUGGACGGCCCAAGGCUUCGCUCUCACCUCACAGAGGAUAACAGUGUGGCAGCUUCUAAGGGCACAGACAUGAGUUUGUUGGAAAAAAAAAGCCUGAUUUUGUAAAUUUGAAAGUGUUUGUGUGUAAAUCAUUCAGUAGUUCUUUGAUUACUAUGAGACACAUUAAUCUCAGACACAAAACUGCCUGUGGUCAUUUUCGACCACAGAUCUUAAUUUGUGAUAUUGUCUUCCUUUUUUAGGAAUUUUGAACGUUUGACAAAGGGGACGCAGGUGGAAUGGAACCUGUUUUAAGGGCGGGGCUUGAGAAUUUCAUUUAGGUUUUUGCAACAGUGGGAUUCUCAAUGGGUUUCUGUUUGAAUCAUGCAAACAGUUUUGUAUGUUUAAUAACUUAAUAUUGUGUCAUGAUAAUUUCU